GGGAGGGUUCUUCCGGAAGGUUCGGGAGGCUUCUGGAAAAGGUGCCGCGCGCUGGGCGGGCCCGGCUCUAUAUAAGCGAGGCGCGGGGGCGGCGCGCCAGUUGCCUCGGCGUCCUGGUUCCGUUCUGUCCCGGAGGUUGUACCGUACCUGAGCCAAGAUGCCCGAGGAGACCCACGGCCGCGACCAGCCCAUGGAGGAGGAGGAGGUGGAGACGUUCGCCUUCCAGGCCGAGAUCGCGCAGCUCAUGUCCCUCAUCAUCAACACCUUCUACUCGAACAAAGAGAUCUUCCUGCGGGAGCUCAUCUCCAACUCGUCGGACGCCCUGGACAAGAUCCGCUACGAGAGCCUGACCGACCCGAGCAAGCUGGACUCGGGCAAGGAGCUGCACAUCAACCUGGUCCCCAGCAAGCAGGAGCGCACGCUGACCAUCGUGGACACGGGCAUCGGCAUGACCAAGGCCGACCUCAUCAACAACCUGGGCACCAUCGCCAAGUCCGGCACCAAGGCCUUCAUGGAGGCCCUGCAGGCCGGCGCCGACAUCUCCAUGAUCGGCCAGUUCGGCGUGGGCUUCUACUCGGCCUACCUGGUGGCCGAGAAGGUGACGGUGAUCACCAAGCACAACGACGACGAGCAGUACGCCUGGGAGUCGUCGGCCGGCGGCUCCUUCACCGUGCGGACCGACACAGGGGAGCCGAUGGGGCGUGGGACCAAGGUGAUCCUGCACCUGAAGGAGGACCAGACGGAGUACCUAGAGGAGCGCAGGAUCAAGGAGAUCGUCAAGAAGCACUCGCAGUUCAUCGGCUACCCCAUCACGCUCUUCGUGGAGAAGGAGCGGGACAAGGAGGUGAGCGAUGACGAGGCGGAGGAGAAGGACGAGAAGGAUGAGAAGGAGGCGGAGAAGGAGGAGGCGGAGGACAAGCCCGAGAUCGAGGACGUGGGCUCGGACGAGGAGGAGGAGGAGAAGAAGGAUGGGGACAAGAAGAAGAGGAAGAAGAUCAAGGAGAAGUACAUCGACCAGGAGGAGCUGAACAAGACCAAGCCGCUGUGGACCCGGAACCCCGACGACAUCACCAACGAGGAGUACGGGGAGUUCUACAAGAGCCUGACCAACGACUGGGAGGACCACUUGGCGGUGAAGCACUUCUCCGUGGAGGGGCAGCUGGAGUUCAGGGCUCUGCUUUUUGUCCCGAGACGUGCGCCCUUUGACCUCUUUGAGAACCGGAAGAAGAAGAACAACAUCAAGCUGUACGUGCGUAGGGUCUUCAUCAUGGACAACUGUGAGGAGCUCAUUCCCGAGUACCUGAAUUUCAUUCGAGGGGUGGUGGACUCGGAGGACCUUCCCCUGAACAUUUCCCGCGAGAUGCUGCAGCAGAGCAAGAUUCUGAAAGUCAUCCGCAAGAACCUGGUGAAGAAGUGCCUGGAGCUGUUCACCGAGCUGGCGGAAGACAAGGAGAACUACAAGAAGUUUUACGAGCAGUUCUCCAAGAACAUCAAGCUGGGAAUACACGAAGACUCGCAGAACCGGAAGAAGCUGUCCGAGCUGCUGCGCUAUUACACGUCGGCCUCUGGGGACGAGAUGGUGUCUCUGAAGGACUACUGCACCAGGAUGAAGGAGAGCCAGAAACACGUCUACUACAUCACGGGCGAGACCAAGGACCAGGUGGCCAACUCGGCCUUCGUGGAGCGGCUGCGGAAGCACGGCCUGGAGGUGAUCUACAUGAUUGAGCCCAUUGACGAGUACUGCGUGCAGCAGCUGAAGGAGUUUGAGGGCAAGACCCUAGUGUCCGUCACCAAGGAGGGCUUGGAGCUGCCCGAAGACGAAGAGGAGAAGAAGAAGCAGGAGGAGAAAAAAACAAAAUUCGAGAACCUCUGUAAGAUCAUGAAAGAUAUCCUGGAGAAGAAAGUGGAGAAGGUGGUCGUGUCCAACAGGCUGGUGACGUCUCCCUGCUGCAUCGUGACCAGCACGUACGGCUGGACGGCCAACAUGGAGAGGAUCAUGAAAGCCCAGGCGCUGCGGGACAACUCAACCAUGGGCUACAUGGCGGCCAAGAAGCACCUGGAGAUCAAUCCUGACCACUCCAUCAUCGAGACCCUGAGGCAGAAGGCCGAGGCGGACAAAAACGACAAGUCGGUGAAGGACCUGGUGAUCCUGCUCUACGAGACCGCGCUGCUGUCCUCGGGCUUCAGCCUGGAAGACCCGCAGACGCACGCCAACAGGAUCUACAGGAUGAUCAAGCUGGGCCUGGGUAUUGACGAGGAUGACCCUGCUGCCGACGACACCAGUGCUGCCGCCGCGGAGGAGAUGCCGCCCCUGGAGGGCGACGAGGACACCUCGCGCAUGGAGGAAGUCGACUGAGCCGCCCGCUUAUGACGUGCACACUUGACCUUCACUCCCUCGGAUAAUAUAUUUUCCAGAACUUUU